AUGUACUUCUCUGAUAAUGAAUAUUAUUCCCUUGUCGAGUCAAUAAAGGAACUUCACAAUUUUACUGUCUUACAACAACAAUCCCUGACUGAUAACACUAAGGUUUUGCUGUCUUUAAACAAUUCGUAUCAAAACAAUGCCCAGGCCAUUCUAAAAUUACUACUCUAAGGAAUUGGACAAAAAUCUCAAGAAAGAAGUGAAAAAAUUUUAGAAAUCGACUUAAGAGAUUGUCCUGAGAUAUUAGAAACACACUUUUAAAAUAGUUUGAAUCAAAUUUAAAACAAGAACAAAGAGAUUAUUGAUAAAUUAUUAAUUUGUUAAUAGAAAAUAGAAUUUAGAGCAAAAAGAUAGAAAUGUUUGUAAAAAAAUGCCUAUUGGGAACUGGCUUUAAAGGAAGAGGUGGAAAUAAUGAGGAAAAAAACUCUAUAACUAAACGAAGCAUUACAAUAGCAUUCUAUAAAAAUAUAACAUGAGGAGAGGGUGAACUAGAUGCCAGUGAGAGAUUUGAACGAUAAUUUUGAGUAGGAAUCUUUAAAUUUAUUAAAAAAUUUAAAAGAUGAUUAUAUAAAAUAAUUGAAAUAAUUGCAAUAAAGUUAAAAAGUGAUAAGACAAUUUAAUGAAGUUUUAGAAUGA